UCAACCACUGGUUACAGCACCCCAUUCCCGAAAAUGGAUCGCUCCUACAGACAGUGAGUCACGUGGCCUGCUAUAUAAAGCAGACAGACAGACAGGCACGCAACCAGUUAUACUGUUCGAUUGAACGUUAGAAUGGGUAAAACGAGUGACCUAAGGGACUUUGAGCGUGGUAUGAUCGUAGGUGCCAGGCGCGCCGGAUCAAGUAUCUCAGAAACGGCCGCCCUCCUGGGCUUUUCACGCACGACAGUUUCUAGGGUUUACCGAGAAUGGUGCGACAAACAAAAAACAUCCAGUCAGCGGCAGUCGUGUGGGCGAAAACAGCUCGUUGAUGAGAGGGGUAGAAUGAGAAUGGAAAGAAUCGUGCAAACUAACAGGCGGGCCACAAACAGACAAAUAACGGCGCAGUACAACAGUGGGGCGCAGAACGGCAUCUCGGAACGCACAACUCGUCGAUCCUUGUCACGGAUGGGCUAUAGCAGCAGACGACCACGUCGUGCAAAUGAGGAGUGGGAAAACAUCGCCUGUGUAGAUACGGUACGGGAACUUGUCCUGGACAACUGUAGCUCAAAUGAAGGAAAAAUCGAAGGCCUCACAGAAGAAUUUGUCAAUCUGGAAUUCCUCAGUUUGAUAAACGUUGGUUUAAUCUCAGUCUCCAACCUUCCCAGACUUGAGAAACUCAAAAAGUUGGAACUCAGUGACAACAGAAUCUCUGGUGGCCUUGACGUGCUAGCAGAGAAACUCCCCAACCUCACACAUCUAAAUCUAAGUGGGAACAAACUGAAAGACAUCAGCACGUUGGAACCUUUGAAAAAGCUGGGCAGCCUGAAGUCUCUGGACCUGUUCAACUGUGAGGUGACCAACCUGAACGACUACAGGGAGAGUGUGUUCAAGCUGCUCCCUCAGCUUACCUACCUGGACGGGUACGACGUGGAGGACCGAGAGGCACCCGACUCGGAAGGAGAGGUGAACGGUGACGCCGAUGAGGAAGGGAAUGAGGAUGGAAAGGAACACUUUGACGAGGAGGACGGUGAUGAAGAGGAAGGAGUAGUAGGAGAGGAGGAUGAGGUCAGUGGCGAUAAGGAGGAGGAAGACCUUGGCAUUGAUGAUGAUGAUGAGGACAACGAUGAAGAUGAAGUCAAGGCUGUCCAAGGAGAGAAGAGAAAGCGAGAGCCUGACGACGACGAUUAAGAGCAAAAACCGAAAGCAUAGAGUUACCAACCCCUUCCCUCUCCAAUAGUAGUUACAUAGGAUGAGCCUCGACUAGAAUACAGGAUAUACAUAUGAAGUGGGUAAAACCGUAUGUAAACAUUAUUAAAGUGACCAGUGUUCAAAGACUAUGUAUAUACGGCAGAAGUCUCUAAGGUGCAGGGUUGAGCACGUACGGGGUGGUAGCCGGCUAGUAACAGUGACUAAGUUCAGGGCACGGUACUGGGCGGAGGCCAGCUAUUGGUGACUGGGUUAACAGUCUGAUGGUCUGGAGAUAGAAGCUGUUUUUCAGUCUCUCGUUCCCAGCUUUGAUGCACCUGUACUGUCUUCGCCUUCUAGAUGGUAGCGGGUUGAACAGGCCGUGGCUCGGAUCCUUGAUGAUCGUCUUGGCCUUCCUGUGACACCGGGUGCUUUAAAUGUCCUGGAGGGUAGGCAGUGUGCCCCUGGUGAUGCGUUGGGCUAACCUCAUCACCCUCUGGAGAGCCUUGCGGUUGCGAACGGUGCAAUUGCUAUACCAGGCAGUCGGACAGGAUGCUCUCAAUGGUGCAUCUGUAGAAGAUUGUGAGUGUAUUAGGGGUCAAACCAAAUUUCUUCAGCCUUAUCAUAUGCUUUUUUUCGUACUGAACGCAGCCCUGGAGAUUUCUACUCCCAAACUAAUGAAAAUAAAAAGGUGACACGAUUAAAAUAUAAUUUUCCCCAUCCAAAAAUUAGCCGAACCAACAUUGGUCCAUAUUAUUAUGCUGGUGUUAUUUAGCAAUAAGCAUGAUCACCCCCCCCCCCCCAAUGCCUCCUCACCUCCCUCAAAUGAACAAACUGCUAUUAUUGUUACACACAAAUAUGGUGUAAGAAUACCUUCCAUAUUGAAAUAAAGGAGAAAAUUGGCUUACUGCUGUGCAAUUUCUGUCAAUAAAGAAAUUGGGUGGGCCAGUUCCUUUAUUUUCUCAAUUGAAAUAAAUAUAAAGUUAGUUCUGGAAGUAUUCUUAGGGUGUUUGUUAGGUUGCAUAAACAUGAGUGCUUUUCCCCCACAAUUAUGGCCUUAACAUGUGUUUUAUAAACAUAAAUGAGGAUCGGUUGCUGCUGCUGGUCAGCCUGAGACGGGCAGGCUGCUCAUGACUAAGGGAAGGGCUACUUUAAAAAAAUGCCACGUAAGGAGCUACAAAAAAAUGUCUGGCUUUCAAACAGGCACGUUCUUCUCUUUUCUUCCCUGCGACUCUUCUCCGGGUCCUUAGUGUACAAGAGGAAGUAGUGUGCUACCCCCCCCCCCCCCCCCCCCCCCGAUUCUGUUUUAUAUUUUUCUGAGUGGCUGUUAGAUUUAAGUCAACUAUGUAAAUACCUGAAAAUGUUUGUUUAGCAAUGACCAACAACAAAGGGGUGUUUCUACAGGUAUUUCAUUUUCAAUAAAUUUGCAAACAUUUCUAUAAA